AGCAAUUGUGGCCAAAGGUAGAUCUCAAAGCCUUUCUUUCAAGCUGGAUCGCGACCAGCCUCCUCUGAGACAAUGCAGACUUUGACGAUCUUCGUCGCCCUCUUGAGCAUGUCCGCGGUGGGUGCCACGAACUCCACCCACAAUGUCAGCCCCGGCGAGUGCCACUGCGGAUGCUGCGCGCCGGUGGGCUCUGGUGAGAAGGCGUGCACCGCCCCGGUCGGAGCGCUGCACAGCACCACCAAGACGGACAUGUGCCGCACGAUCUACUGCACGGAUUCCGCGGACACGACGGGUGCGCAGAACCAGGCGUGGAGCAGCUACUGCAGCUCCCGCUGCUUCCCGCACCCGGAGGUCGGGUCCACGUGCCGCCCCAAGGAGUGCGAGGACGCCGGCGUCAACGUGCAUUGCCAGUGAGUCGCGAGGGAGGCGGCGGGGGGCGCGCCGCCAGGAUGAGGCCGUGUCUCUGGGCAGAGCGACCGCUCGCACGGCCACCAAGGCGCGGGCGGGCCGCGCACACAUCCGGGAGCUAGCCCCAUGCCCCCCAACGAAAAAAAAC